GGCAGGAGAGGAGGUGACACGUAAGUGCGGGGCUGGAAGGUGGCCAAGGCGAGGCAGGGCGCGGGGAAGUUCUCCUUGCCGGCGGUGGAACGGCGACGACGAGGAGCGCAACUUGAACGCAGACGCGAGAGAAGCGCCCCGGGACUGGGUAUCGCGACAAGGAGCCCGGCUUCGGAGGUGGGAAAGGCUUUGGAGGGGUCGCCUAGGACGAGCAGAAGCAACGGGGCAGUGGGAGAAGGCGGUGCCCCUCCGCUUGCGCCCCCCCCCCCCCGUGAAUGAGGGAAAGUCAUCGAGCUGGUUGAACGGGGCGAAAGAGAGAGAGAGAUAGAUCGUGGCAGAACAACCUUGAGAUUUCCCUGCACAAAUUGCAAGCAAGGGAAAACCGCUGCGGGGAUGCUCCGCUUCUUCGGAGCUGCGCUCGUCCAAGCGAAGUUGUAGAAACGUCAUUCUGAACGCAUGCGAAGAGGGGAACUGGCCCCCUCUAGAAGGCAAGGGCCCUUGCAAGGGAGAACAGCUUCUGAUACCCCCCUCCCCCCCCAUGCUAAGAAAAUAAAGAGAUCCUGGAAAAAUCCCACGCCCCCGUCCAGCCGGGCUGCAGCAUGAGCGCGGAGACCGGGCGAAAAGUAGCGCAGUGCCAAGUAGCGGCCGGUUGAAGUUGGUGCCGGGGUGUGUGGCAGCAGCGUGCUAGGACUCGAGCUCUCCCGCUCCUGCUGUGAGCGCUGCCUAAAAGCUGAGGUCUCGAGGUGGACGGGCGCCUGGAUCCUCCCAGGAGGGACUAUGGGCAACGGGAUGUGCUCCCGAAAACAGAAGCGGAUCCUGCAGUCCCUCUUGCUCAUCACCGUGGUGUUUGGCUUCAUCUACGGGGCGAUGCUGUAUUACGAGGUGCAGAACCAGCUCCGGAAGGCUGAGGCGAUGGCCCUCAAGUACCAGCAACACCAGGAGUCUCUUUCGGCGCAAUUACAAGUUGUAUAUGAGCACCGGACGAGAUUAGAAAAAUCACUACAAAAAGAAAGGCUUGAACAUAAGAAAGCAAAAGAAGACUUUCUUGUUUAUAAACUAGAAGCACAAGAAACACUAAAUAAAGGGCGGCAAGAUUCUAAUAACCGGUACAGUGCAUUGAAUGUACAACAUCAGAUGCUGAAGAGCCAACAUGAGGAACUAAAGAAGCAGCACUUGGACUUGGAGGAGGAACACAGGAGGCAAGGAGAUGAGUUCAGCAGAGCUGUCAACGAUCACAAGCAGAGAUAUGUGCAGUUACAGCAAGAGAAAGAACAGGAACUCUCCAAACUGAAGGAAUCGAUGUAUAAUCUGCGAGAAGAGAACAGGCAGUUGAGGAAAGCCCAUCAAGAUAUUCAUACUCAGCUACAGGAUGUGAAGCUUCAGCACAAGAAUUUACUCACUCAACAUGAUCAGCUUGUAGUGACAUUGGAAGAACACAAGAGUGCGCUAGAAGCUGCACAGUCCCAGGUGGAGGAAUACAGACAGUUGAAGGACACCCUGAAAAAGAUGCCUAGUUUCCAGAAUCCAGAAAGUUUUCUGCAGCCGCACAGUAGCCUGCCGGCGACACCAGCACCUUCUCCACCAAGUGACUCCAAAGCCCAUGGCACAGAUGCAACUGAAGAACAAAAGGAGACUGCGCUGAAUGGUGAAGAACCACUACGGGGAGAAGGAACCAGCAAGGGAAUCCAAUUGGAAGGAAGAGAAGAAAGAGUGGAACCAUUCCAUCCGGGCAAAAAUGCACCGGAGGGUCAUGCACCUCGGGAAUUAAAUAUUCAGCAGAAGCAAGAAGCAGGAGAGGAUGAAGAAGAGGAGCAACAUGUGGAGCAGGUUGCAGAGGAACACAAGAAGGAGCUUGAAGAGGAGGAAAUGGAGCAAGCUGGGCAACCUGAACGCUUAACGGAGGAUCUUGACCAAGCUCCAGAUGAGCAUGAAUGGAAGGAGAAAGAGCAGACUGAAGAAGAAACCAACAUGCUGCAUGAACACAAUCAGUCAGAGGAACCUCCAACAGCCAAGACCGUAGCAAGGUUCAAAUCAGCCUACGAAGAACAGCUGGAGCAACAACGGUUGGCCGCCCAAAGAGCAGAAGAAGCCAGUCGGCUCCGCGAGCGUCAGGAGUCCUUGCAUCAGGGGCGGCUGCAAGAGCAGCUGCUACGACAGCAGCAGCUUCAGGAGCGAGAGCUGACGCUACGGAGACAGGCAGAGCAGGACGAAGAACAAUUCAAACACCGCCUAAGUCAUCAAUCCCAUUAUGACAACCUGGAUCAGGAUGUUGUACAAAGAGAAAAAACAGGUACCCAGGAAGAAGAAGAAGAUGACGACAAUUAUGAGCAGCAGAACCAGCAUCCAGAUGAAGCAGAACCAGAAGAAGAAGAUCCCAAUAAUGCAAAUGAACCACAGGAUCAGGAACCGGAUCAUCGAGCAGAGAGUGAGCGGAAUGAAGAGCCGAAGACAGCGGGUGAGGAUGUGAACCCAGCAGAUGAUCCCAACAAUCAGGGGGAAGAUGAGUUUGAAGAAGCUGAGCAAGAAAGAGGAGAUAAUCUACCUGAUGAAAAUAAGCAGCUAAAACCAAAUAACCAGAAGCAAGAGAAUCCUGAAAUGGAAGACCAUUUAGUGAUGGUGGGUAAUCCUGAUCAGCAAGAAGACAAUGUUGAUGAGCAAUACCAGGAAGAAGGAGAAGAAGAGGCCCAGGGAGACCUGACUGAAGAGAAGAAGAGGGAGCUGGAGCACAAUGGAGAAGAACCGUACGGAGAAAAUGAUGAUAAUGCUGAAGAGAAAAUGAGUGAAACUGCAGAUCAAGAACAAGAAAUUCAAGAAGAAAACCAUCAGAAAAGAAGUCAUGAUGACAACUAUGAGGAGGAGGAGGAAGAGGAGGAAGAAGGUGGUGCUGUGGCAGCAAAAGCCCAUAGACGAGGAGAAAUGUAAUUCUGGGCGGUCUGGAAAAACGGACAUAGGCUUCUAAAAAGGACCGUGCUACAGUGGAGACAUGUGGAUUGUAUGUCUUCAUCCCCCAGAAUAGAUGCUAGAGACCAAGAGUGAAGCUCUUCCAUGAAUAUAUAUUUUACAAUUUUCUAUUGGGUGUUUUUGUGCAUUUAUAGGAACACAAUAUUUUAGAAUAGCAUUCCUUUUAUACAAGAUAGUAUGCGACAAAAACAAAUAGACGAGGUAAUUUUCCUCCCACCCCAUCCCCUGUGUUUCCCUUUGACAAAAAUUAAGUUUCUUGCAAAAUGUUUGGAGGUGUGUUUCAAAUUAAAUCUGUUUGGCAUUGGCCGGACAGUGAUCGGCUUUUAGCUUCAGAAAAGAAAAAGAAAAAAAAAAUCAAAACACACACACCCCAAAAUAGGUGCCUAAGCCUAAGUGUUUGAGGAAGACUUGGGUGGUGUAUCUUAGUCAUGCUCUCUUCUAUGGACCUGCCUAUGCUGGUGCCUUACCACACAUUCAUUUUGAUUUGAGUGGAUUCAGCCUGCAUCUUUUUUGCAGCAACUCUGUAAAGGAUACCUUGUAGCUGAAGCACUUUUUCUGGGGUUCUCACACCCAGGUGCUCCCCUCCCUACCUAGAAGGUGUUGAUUGUCCUGGAUUGAUCCAAACAAUUGACCCCAUCCACACAGGUGUAGCAUUUCAUGCAUUCAUCAUGCAUGCAGCAAGAGUAUGUGCGAAGAUGUGUUGGACAGAAGGUCUGUUCAGGCCAUUGCAAUAGAUUCUGCGGCCUGUAUAGAGAUAAACCAACAGGCGUGAACCCCACUGAAGUGCAGUGUAUCCUUGGUCUUUUAUUGAAUUGUGUGGCUGUUUUGGGCUUCACAAGCACCACUGAAAACACUAUAGCUUCCUUUUAGGAGAGCCAUUUAGGAUUAUGCUGUUAGGGAAGCUUCCUCCUAUUUUUUUCCCUGGGACUUUAAAUAAGUGACUUUAUUUUCCAUCUAGUUUUUUUUUAAUUCAUCAGCUACACUGAUUUGAGGAUGAAAUAUUCAGAGUUGUUUUUUAAGCAUUGCCGAACUCAUUAAAAUUGCAUGGGGGUUCUCUUUGGGAUUUUAAAAAGACUUUUUAUACUGUGCAUUUCAUAAGAGCUCAGAGUACUGAUUCAUGCAUGCCAUUUCCAUGAACCUUACAUCUGUCUCGUCAGGUAGACAAGUGCUGCUGUCCCUGGAUUUUGAGCAAGUAAUGCUAAAAGGCUUCAGGCUGUGCCUCUGUUCCUCCCUCGUCUUUUAUUGUUGGUCUCAAUCAUGGUUAGUUGUUAUGUCUCUACUGUAUUAAGCCAUCAUUUACUCCUGAGAGUAAAGCAGCUUCAAACCCUGGAUUCAGUUCCUGGUUAGGAAGGUCAGGUGCUAAAUGCAAGCACAAGAAUGCUGAGGCUUGCAGUUGGGGAGGAAGAAAGACUGCUAGCUUCCAUCCAGACCCUUAGCCAUGGCUGAGAACUGGGCAGUGGUAUAGUGUUCAUUGGCUUCCAGAAAGGGAUGUUGGAGAAAUGAGCAACAGAUUCAAAUAAGUUCUGAUUUCUAUCAAUCCAAGCUGCAAAUUGCAAAGCGGACUGGCUUUUUCUGAGUCUCACAGAUUCCAUGGACUUGUAUGCAAAACUUUCCAGAAUUUAGCCAUAUCAAAAUACAAGUAAUCAAAAUGUUUUUUAAGGAAAACAGAACAACAAAGCACUGGCUGAAAAUGUCCCCAUAAGUUAAAGGGUGGCAGUUCAAAGUUUUGGGGUAGCUGAAAGAUUUGUACAAAUACACAAGUGCUCACUUUCCAACAUGAACAUGUUGGCGACAAAAAAGUCCCUCUAGAUCGUUGUCUGACAGAGAGAGACAGGCAAAACCAGCAGAAUUGUGUUUAUGUAUGUGUGUAUGUUUAUUGUAGGCACAGGGUAGCAAUAUAGAGUGAGAGCUUGUCUCAUAAGGACCAUCUGUUCCGCUUAUAAUGUACAGCCAAUAUGCAGGUUUAGCUUUUGGUAAUAGUUAAUAACAAAAACAUGGUAGCAGGAAACCAGUGCUCAGUAAAAGCAGCACUCUACAUCAAAAAGGGGAAAGAAUAAUCAGCAGGAAAUACGAGUAUUCCUUUAUUUUUUGUACAUAGUUAUCUUGGCCCACAUCAUCCCUUAGGACAUCUGGUGUUAAAACAUCUGUUUCAAAGCUUAUCUUUACAAAGUCUGACCUUCUAGACAGAGAUUUAUUUUACAUUUUUUACCCUUAUGUGUCUCUCUCAUAGAACCCAAAGUAACUGACCCUUGUUGUUUGGUUAUCAAGGAAAUGUAUACCCUUCAAACACAGGUCAGGAAACAGAAGAAUCUGGUUCUAUCAGUGAGCAGAUCGUGGAACAAAAUACCCACAAAAAACAGAUGGAACAGAUUUAACAAACCUCAUGAAGUCACAACUGACCUGAGAUUUUAACCAGAAUGUUCCCAGCUCCCAGCUUCUGUCUUCAUCACUAGACUUGAUCUAAAACCAAGAUAUGCAUCUUGAAGCUUCCCUCCCAUGGCGUCUUUAUUGUCCUGAGCAGCGCAGUGAAUAUGGAAAGGCCCCUGUGCAUUUGACCUGGCAAUAUGGAAGGGACAGCCGUUGGCCCUUAAACUACGCAGGUCUCUUAGAGACUGAGAAAACGGGCUGCUGACUUGCACUGGCUUGUGCAUAAAAAUCCAUGCUGUUUAUACUGUUUGCAGCAAUGUUGCUGAUGCUGUGAGUUGUGCCAAAUUUUUAUGUAUAAAACAUGGUUUUCUGUAUAAACAUAAAUGAACUAUGCAGACUAUGCAGGCCUUAAAGAGCACAGCCAACCUGGUCAAUACUUGUUAUGCUUUACAGCAGUUGAGCCUCUACUGCAAUUCUGCAGCUUUCUAGUGCAAUAACAUGAUUUGACUAUGGUGUAUGUUUCAUUCAUACCCUAUGUAACCUGCAUUUUUUCCCUAAAGGGCAGGUAGCACCUUGAGGGAAGCAACAUAUGGUUAAAUGACCACAGUAGUUCAAAUCAGUACCGUGUGUGUCUGCAUUUACCAUUUCUUUAUAAAGGUCAGGACAUUUGUUCACAGGCUUCCUGCCAGUUCAGCUCCGGGGGUGAUGAAACUUUCUCUGGCCUGUAUUGGUACAGAUUGGAGAUAGGAGCUUAUAUAAGUGAUUCUCCCCACAAGAGACUCAUCUGUCCCUGCAAGCAGAAAACUAGCAAGUUGGGGAGACGGAGCAGAUCAGGACAACUGUGUGUGAGCAGCAAAAGUUUAAUUCUUUCCCUGAAUUACUCUCUUACCCAUGGUUGUUGAAAACAUCUCAGGUGACACUAGUGAACUCUUUUUCCUGUAAGUGGUAGUGGGGUGGGUGGGAGAGUUUUGGGAGGAAAGCAGCUAGAAAGGAUUUCUCAGGUGCUUCCUUUAGACCAACUUUCUGCAACCUCGUACCUUCUAGUUCUGCUGGACUGAAACAAAAAGGAAAGCUGCACAUUACAUCAUUAAUGUAAUGAAUAGUUUCACCUUUACCUGCAUGGGUUCUUCGGAUCCCCAGGAAGUGGAAAGCAGGGAUAGGAGAGCUUAUGGUCCUUGUAUCUCAAAUGAAAUUUAAUAAUGUGUUUGCAGAAGAACAGAAAGAACGUGAAGCAAAAGUAGAUUGAGAGAAUGUGAUCUGGAAGUGUUCACUCAGUUCAGGGUUCCUAAAUAUAUGUUAGAGUCUGCUUUUUGUUCUGAAAGUGGUGAACCAAAUAGACCUGGUAUCCAGUGCUCCCAAUGCCUUCCAAGCAAGCAAAACAACGUUCUUCAUUCUGGGAAGUAUCUACCUAGCUGUAAUAAAGCAGCCCACCAAAAUGAGGAGUGUUUUCUUGGCAUGGUGAAGGAUAUCAGACUUUAGCUGCGCCCAGUUCCAUCCGGCAUAAUCUCUUAUAAGGGAGAAGAUGAUGGACCACACAUUGCCUGUAUGCUGCUCACCUUAUAGGGGUGGGGAGCAUCUUUCAGCCUGAGCAGCAAAUUCAGAUCUUGGAGCCACAUUCCAGCAGCGGGUUGGAAAAGGCCCAGCCACACAGUCUAGCUUAAAACUCUCACUGCCAGUAACUAAGCUUUCGAGAGACAGUUCAGCUCUUUGAAAAGGGAAAGGAACAGCACAAAAGCCAAGAAGCAACCCAAUGGUUGGGGCAGUGGGGGGACUGCUACCACAGGAAGGGGGUGUGGCAAUCUGGGGCCCCCAUCCAAGCUUCCCCACUCCUGGUGUAUCAUUGUAAUGUUCAUAUAAUUCUAUGAAUUUUGAAGGGCUAACUCAAAUAAUCCCAGAGGAUGGGAACUAACCAGACUGCCUUGUCUAGUGCCUUUUUAUGCUUCCACUGAGGUAUCAUUCUUCCCAUAAUCUUAACAGGAAUCAGAUUGGUCAAAGCAAUGGCUGACCCUGUUCCCUUAUGAAAUUAGUUCUGCAUGCCCAUCUGUAAUACCAGAAGAGAUUAACAGGGGCCGGGGGGUCAGAGAUGGGCCCUGGGCAGCAGUUCACAGUGGCCUAUCCAGAAGCAAGAACCUUGGUGAUAAUGAUGUGCAUUGUAAUGCAUUUCCCUGUUCUUCUUCCAUUCUGCUGCAGCAGCAAUUCUUGGCGUGUCAUCUUUGGACCCUUGGAGCUGUUGUCAGCCAUGUGAAGGUCUGCGCAUGUGGACCGCUGAUGUGCUGUGCAACUCUGCUGCAAAUGGAAGGCAGCAUGUAUUCCUCCCAUGUAUUCCUUCCAUUCAUUCCUGCAAUCGUGGUGGGCACCUGGGAAUUGCUGUUGCGUUGCAGAACAUGUGUUUGUGGACAAGCCAUGUUGCGUGUGCCUUUUAUGCAGUUCUGCUGGAAAUGGCCAAGCAAAUGUUGUAUGGAGGUAGUUUUGACACUCAGAGCUGCCUGCAGUUCAACAUUGAACAUGCCAGAUUCCUCUGCAGUGAUAAGAUGUUCAGCAAUAAAUAUGCAAGGUUUCUGUGGAAGAGAAAAAGAUGUGGGAAAGGUUUUUGUAAGCCUGGAAGGUUUGAAUUCUUUAUGGCAUCCAUGCAGAACUUCACAUCCACAGAGGAGCUGUAGAACCAUUUUUGGGAGUGUAUAACACUGUUACACUGGGUGGAGAAUGAAUUGCAUCAUCUUCCACCAGAGGAGAGAAGUUACAGAAAACUCUGCCAACCCCACCUAAAAUCCAUAAUGGAAGGUUUCUUUCCUUUGCCUUUUUAUAUGAAUGAAUGUAAUAUUUUGUACUAACCUGAUGAUACUUUUCUUUUGUAGAUGUUUUGAACUAUUUCUUUAUAUAGGUUUUUUUAAAAAGUAACCUCUUAACAUUUCAGUGGACUUGUGUGCAUCAGGAUGAAUUCUGGAGGUUUCCUAAUUGCCACAAAAACAGUUUAUCUUAUGUUUGGGAGGAAAAGGUAUACUUGUUUACAGUUAUAUGUGUAAAGUGUAUAAUAUGUACAUAAUCUUUGGAAUACAAAUAUUUUGAUACUUUGUGUGUAUUUUAAAAGCUAUGGGACAGUAUUUAAUUAUUAUGAGGCAUAUUUGGGGUGAAGAAUAAAAUGUAGAUGAUAAAGUAA